AUGGUUCCCAGCGGAGCGGAAGGGAAGGCGGAGACAGGAGAGAACCAGCUUGAUGGUUCCGACGCUAUGGGAGCCCUUACCUCCAUGUCUCCCACCGCCCACCUACGCAUAUGGUCUGAAUACCUAGGUGCUUUCCUUCACCUUGUCGUCACUCAAGAGACCCUGGCUUCUCAUGAAAAAGUGCGAAACGUCGUCUUUGUCUCCGAAAAUCUUCAGUCGGAUUAG